AUGGGCGAGGAAGAUGAGGUUACGCAUGCCAGUGCAGGCAACGAUCACUCCAAAGUAGAAGCAAAACUAGUUCUACUCAGAACGCAACGAAAUGUAUUCGAGCGCCAUAUAACUAAUCUCCACGACAAGGUAAAUUCUGAUGGUGACAAGGAGGACGCAAGAGUACUCGAAUGCAGACUUCAAAUUUUAGAUUCGCACUAUCGUCAAUUAUGCCAAAUUCAAACGCAGAUUGAGAAUUUGCAAAGCACCGACACUGCACGAGCAUCACAAGAAGAAUUGUUUAUCGCCGCAAAGGUGAAAAUCAUGGCUUUAUUACAAGCAAAGCGUCGUCCUAGUGCACCACCCAUGGCAGAAAGCUCCUUUAUAAAUACUAAUAUGACUGCUGGAGCUGCACACCAUAACCGUUUGCCUAAGUUGAAGCUGCCAAGCUUUGACGGCAAGUAUGCAACCUUCAAACGGUUCAAAAGCACGUUUGCAAACUUAAUACACAAUGACCCAUACAUUGCGACAAUAGAUAAAUUCAAUUAUUUAUUGAACUGUUUGUCUGGACCCGCACUAGAAGUUGUGCAGUCCUUUCAGAUAACUGAAGAUAACUACUCCAAGGCGUGGGAACGAUUGGACGCUCGAUACGACAACGACGUACUCAUCUUUUUAGAUUGA